UAUAAAUAAGAUCCCAGCUUCUUGAAAGCUAUCGUCUGUAUAGCCAGACAGUGAUUUCCUUUCUGUGAACGUUGCCUAGUUAUCCACCAUGACUCUUACAGUUACUGUUGUUUUUCCCAAUGACACCGAUGCCAAAUAUGACAUCGACUACUAUGUUGAAAACCAUAUGACACUUGUUGAGAAACUUUGGUCUCAAUACGGUCUUCAGGGUUGGUCAGUCACCAAGUAUAUUCCUGGACUGGAUGGUUCUCCACCAUUAUAUGCAUUUGGCAGCGAAGUGUUUUGGGAGAAUGAAGAAGGAAUGAAAGAGGCCUUUAGGAGUUCCUCAGUUGCUGAGAUUAUGGCCGAUGUCGCCCGCUUCAGCAAUAAAUCCCCAAUCUUUUUGAUCGGUCAGACAAUCAAGCCUGCUCUUCAUAUGUGAGGAUUUGAUGAGAAGCGGGGAGUUGUGAUGGUACGCUUUAUCAGCUUCGUACUUGGGCAAGGGCUCAAUUCUGCGUAUUGCUACAGUGUCAUAAAUCAUAACGCUUGGCAACAAUGGAUAUAGAAGGCGGAAUUCUCUCCUAACUAAUAUCGAGUUUGUGAAGGCCAGCCCUGAAUUCCAUCAUCAUGUAAUGGACUUUGCUGUAUGUUGGCCUCGCCAAAGCCCGCG